AUGCACUUUUUUUCAUUUCCUUUUAGGUCUACACACAAUGAGCUGGAAAAGAAUCGACGAGCUCAUCUGCGCCUAUGUUUAGAACGCUUAAAAGUUCUGAUUCCACUAGGACCAGACUGCACCAGGCACACAACACUUGGUUUGCUCAACAAAGCCAAAGCACACAUCAAGAAACUUGAAGAAGCUGAAAGGAAGAGCCAGCACCAGCUAGAACACUUGGAAAGAGAACAGAGAUUUUUAAAGCGGCGACUGGAACAGCUGCAGGGUCCUCAGGAGAUGGAACGAAUACGAAUGGACAGCAUCGGAUCAACUAUUUCUUCAGAUCGCUCUGAUUCAGAGCGAGAGGAGAUUGAAGUGGAUGUUGAAAGCACAGAGUUCUCCCAUGGAGAAGUGGACAAUAUCAGUACCACCAGCAUCAGUGACAUUGAUGACCACAGCAGCCUGCAGAGUAUUGGGAGUGACGAGGGUUACUCCAGUGCCAGUGUCAAACUUUCGUUCACUUCCUAGAACCCAGCAUGACAUAACAGUGCAGGGCAAAAUACUCACUGGGCCAAUUCAAUCCAAACAAUCUCUUAAAUUGGGUUCAUGAUGCAGUCUCCUUUAAAACUAACCUAAACAAAAUCAUACUUGAACAAAAGGGUCAGAAGACCUCUAUUUAAGCAAAUACUUAGCAAAAUGUGGGGCAGAGCCUCCCCAGCAGAACAAAUAUUCAUUAAUAUUCAUUUUUGAAAAUCACAAUUUCUAAUGGCAGCAGAAAACUUGUGUGAAAUUUUCUUGACUUGAUUUAGUUGAUUUGAAAGGACAUUGGAAAUUCCAUCCUCUUUUUUUCUUUCCUAGAUUGCUCAUAGUGUAGACACAUUUAAGGAUGGUAUUCUGAACCCUUCCUGAGCUUUAUGAUCCUAAAAACAAAAUCAGAUCUAUAAUAAUGGCAAGACAAGAUAAUCAGGCAUUAAUCUUGGAUAGCUACACAGCUAUUAAAACUUAGCCUGGGCUAGCUUAUCAUGAAGCCUGUGGAUGAUCAAUUCUUUAAUUAAAAAAACAAACAAAAACGCACACAUUCAUUUCAUGCUCUGCGAAAGGAGAGACUCCCAUGAAGCCUUUUGAAAGGGAUCAUCGUGCAGCUCAGCCAUCUGUUGGAUUCCAUGCUAAGCAAGCCAACCUUACCCUGCAUUGUUAGCACUAGGGCACCCAGCCGCCAGCUCGUUAGCCACCCUGGGGCAGUUCAUGCGUGACAGCCUCUCCCACAUAGGGCCUGAGUUCGGAUUGAGGGGCCAGAAGGAAAAAGCUCCACGUGCCUCUGUGUCUGCAUGGGCCAGAAGAGUUGUGCACGCAGAUUAGCAGGCCAAGGUCUGAGCCACGGCAGCAUUUUUAUUUCAGAUUUUGAUAACUGUUUGUAUGUGUUAAAAACCAAAAUGACAUCUUUUUAAAGCUUGUCCAUAAAAACAGAUGUCUUUUAUAGUGGAAAAACAUGUGGGGGGAAAAAUCAUCUAUUUUGAUGCAGCAUUUGAUAAUGAUAAAACGCCUCACUCUUUAUAGUGCACAAAGUGAAUGAGGUCUGAGCUAGGUAGGAAAAGGUCAAUGCUGUUUUUGUCUUCUUUUAGAAUCAUUACCAGCUUUUAUCCAUCUGAUAUCUAUAGUAGACACACUAUCAUAGUUAACAUAGUUAAGUUCUGGACUUGUCUCAUUUUAAUGUAAAGAUUUGCUUCCGUUUUCCUACAGGCAGACUCUCUCCUUCCUCACAGUCCCACUGUGCAGGUGCUAUUGUUGCUCUUAUCAAUAUUUUCAGAAAUGUUAUUUUAAGUGAAAUUCCUAGCCUGCACUUUGAUGUCGUGUGUUCCCUUUGUCCUUCAAAUUCCCAAGUUUUCUCCCUGGCCUCGCCUCUCCCUUACCCCAGGAAACCUUCUUGGAGACCUCCUUACCCCUUUGACUUUAAAGGCUCUUUGAACUUUGUAUACUUUAAAUAAUUUAACUACCCAUAAUUACUUUUUAAAAAGCUUUAUGAUUUUCAUAACUUAUUGCUGAUUUUAAUGGGUUGUUAAUUUCAGUCCUGUAGUUUUAUUUUGUUUAGAUAGGGCUGGGCAAGGAAAAAGAAAAUAAAGACAACCAUAUUUAGCAGUGCA